AUGCAGCCAUUCAGUCUAAAAGCAAAUGCCAUUGGUUUCGUGGUGGCGACAUUCCUAAGCUGGAGAGGGAUAAAGAAAAAAGGAUUGACUCGUUCGGGAGCCGCUACUGCCUUUUGCGUUGGGUUCCUUCUAGUAUGUACUGGAUUGCGUGGUUUCAACUUGCUCGUGUUUUAUUUACUGGGGACCAAGGCAACCAAGUUUAGGAAGGAAAUCAAGCAAAAGAUGGAUGGAACCGUAGUACUAAGUGGAACAAUUGCUCGAGGACCCAGUCAAGUCUUGGCUUGUAGUCUAUUGGCUGUGAUCCUGUCACUGGUCCACGGGAUUUACUGCGGGGAGGAGAAGCCCAUUGAUUUUGGUGAAUUUUCCGUGGCAUCCAAGUUGACCUGUGGUGUUGUUGCUCAUCAUGCGACCUGUUUGGCAGAUACUUUGGCGUCUGAACUUGGAAUUCUAGCAACAAGUCCUCCUGUAUUGAUAAUACAACCUUGGAGAGGAGUGCCUCCGGGCACGAAUGGUGGCGUCACACUUUUGGGAUGCUUCUGGAGUGGCUUUGGUGGCUUGUUGAUGGGUCUUUUUACAAUUGCCUUUGAUUUCAUUUCGGGCAUUUCACCACUACAUGUGGUGCCCAUGCUUGCAUUUUCAACUUGCUGUGGGUUGCUAGGUUCCUUGUUGGAUUCCCUAUUGGGUGCUACCAUUCAACAAUCUCUGUACGACCCGGAUUCAAAACUUGCCUAUCAAUCGAAUGAUGACGUGAAAUCGGCUACAAAAGUAGUUUCUGGAAGCAAUAUUCUUACCAAUGAGCAAGUCAACUUAGUUAGCGUUGCGGCGACUACAUUUUUGGGAGGGUGGGUUCUUGGACCCUUUUUCUUUCCAUGA